CGACUGUGAGGGGGAGGCUCAUACAGCCUUGUCAAGUCUUUUGGCUUCCGUCUGCCGCUGGCCCUCACGGCCCGCGUUUGGCACCUUUCCGACCCUCCUUCCCCAGGUCUGGCGUCAUCUCCCUGGCCAAGACCAGUCUUGGUAGACAAGCUAGCAAAAUUGCUCGCAGCCACCCCGAAAUGCCUCGAUAUGCCCUUUGCAAGUGUUUUUUGAGAGGCUCUCUGCCUGAGCCUCAUCAUUGUCAAUGAAAUUGGGAAAUGAUGGAACUUGGUGGAGGUCAACUAACAGCAUCGAAGCCGAUGUGCCUUUUCUGGAUUUUGCUGGAUGUCGCCGCCGUCCUACCGGCGUUUUACACACCACCACAGCCUUGUUUAUCUGAGCCCCGCGAGCAUUUGAUUCCUCGACAGUGCCGCCAAGUGGCCACUGCGAGGCUCUCCUGUCUUCCGCCAUUGGCUGCCUUGACCUGUAUGAGAACCCCCAACGCAGCUGCACGACUUCCUGCUCAGCCCAGGUCGAUGUAUCGGCCUGGAGAUAGACGGACCACGUCAAUCGUCUUUGAUCUGCAGAAAGACAGCCGCUGGUCCGUCUAUAUCACUUCGAGUAUGGCCGCCAUUGACCAAGUGGACGAUGAAGAAGACAACCAGUUCAAGAUCGUCGUCUUCUCAUCCAACAGAACAACACAUCAUUCCUUCGACAGCCUCGUCAGUGUGGUUUGUUCAAACCUAGAAGUCUGAAAGACAAUCGUGUCAAAUCAGCAACCAUCCCAUUUUCAAUCAGACUCGCCACUUACUGCCCAUCAUGACGAAGCCGUGGGAACAGUACCGUGAAAUCAUCAUAGCGGAGUACCGGGACAACAGGAAGCCACUCCAUGAGGUCAAGAAGCUCAUGGAGCAGCAGUACCGGUUCAAGGCGUCUACCCGGGCCUAUCGAUCGCGGUUCGACAAAUGGGGCAUCCAGAAGUAUUCUCGUCGCAGGCGUGGGAAUUCCAUGGGUGAGGACGGGGAAGGAGACGACACCCAAUAUCUUUCGCCUCAUCAAAGCCCAGAACUCGAAGACAACAGAUACCAGGCACGCUCACCAGCCAUGACCCCAGGCGACCUGUACCACCCAGGAUCCAGCGCGACGACACAGUCGAACGAGUACAGAGACCCUUUCAUCAAGCCAGAACCUACAGUCCAGUACAGCCAAUACAGCAUGAUGCCCAUCCAUCCGAGUGCCGAGGCAAAUACCCACCUGUCACCCAUCUCAUACAAUACAUAUUCGCAUCACCAGGCCAUUGGUUACCCAUCUGACCAGAUGUCCACCUAUCAUCACCGAGCGGGCAAUGCUCUAGUCUCGGCCCAAACCUCGCCAAAUCCCCAGAGCUACCAGGAGCCGUCUGCCGCCCACAUGACGUAUGGGUACUCAUUCGACUACUCCAGGCACUGAACCCUGAUCGCUUCCGGUUUUUACAUGUUUUCCCACAGCACUUCCAACUUCCUUUGCAUAAGUCGUGUCUCUGAUUUCGGUGUCAAAACCUUUUGUAUUAUUAAACUGGUGGUUUCGCAGCCAGGCGGCUCGGGGCAGGUGAUCCGCGGAAACAGGACGCGUAGAAUAAUUCGACAGAAGCGACAG